UGUACUCGUAAGCUUAACAGUUUGUAUGGGUGUUCUGUGGCUUAACGUCGGCUGCUCUUCAGUCAGCGGAAACGCGUUUCGUCUUCCAAGUCUUCGAAAGAAUUUUUGACCUUCUCGCCGGGCAAGCAGACGUGAGGAGCAGCCAUGUCGUACAUGCUGCAGCAUCUCCACAAUGGCUGGCAGGUGGACCAGGCCAUCCUGUCGGAGGAGGACCGGGUGGUGGUCAUCCGCUUUGGCCACGACUGGGACCCCACCUGCAUGAAGAUGGACGAGGUCCUCUACUCCAUCGUUGAGAAGGUGAAGAACUUUGCCGCCCUUUACCUGGUGGACAUCUCCGAAGUGCCGGACUUCAACAAGAUGUACGAGUUGUACGACCCGUGCACGGUGAUGUUCUUCUUCCGCAACAAGCACAUCAUGAUCGACUUGGGCACGGGCAACAACAACAAGAUCAACUGGGCCCUGGAGGACAAGCAGGAGAUGAUUGACAUCAUCGAGACCGUGUACCGAGGAGCUCGCAAGGGACGUGGUCUGGUCGUCUCGCCCAAGGACUACUCCACCAAGUACCGAUACUGAGUGUGUGCUUCGUUUCGUGCCAUCAUUUUUGUCAUGGAAGCACUGCUGGUGACUCUCCCUACUAUUGCCAUUGACUGUCUACCAUUGCCAAGCGCCUUCUGUCCUCUGGUGCUUGAGCUCAACUCACCCGAGGACAACUUGUUCAGGUAUCGCUGCCGGACUGUGCUUGUUUUGUGAGGGCUAGCCAAGUUGGCUCUCUUCAGCCAGCUCUCUGUGGUCAUGUGAUUUCCUCUGGCAUUGUCAUAGGUAAAUAAACUAUAAAUGCUGUUUUCUUGUAAAAGAAGCAAAAGCCGGUCGGUAUACCUUCAUCUUCAGAGCAAAGCGCCAACACAGGACAGGAUUGCAUAUUUGCAAAAAGCGUCGGUGUCUGCUUUACAACAUGCUUUGCCUGUAGGCACUUUGUUCUCAGGAGGAUGAGAACAAAUCGCUGAAUUCUGUUGAUUUUGAGUAUAGGUGAAAUCAGCUAAGGAACCAAAUAAGUUGCCGAGCAAGGUGCAAUAACGUACGUAAUGAUUGUAUCGUGCAAUAGUGCGAAACUGAGCUCGUUUUGUUUGUUUUAGUUGGCAGAAAAAAGUGUGUAUGAGAAAAACGCAUACCACAACAGUGCAGAUGUAUGCAAACUUUGGUCAUGGUGCAUCACUCCGUUUUGCUGUUGGUUGUGUAAACAAAUUCUGCCUCGGCUUUUCUUAUUGUUCCACACUCAAUAUAACUUGUUCUUGGGCAAGUUGGUGAGCAUUUGGUGAAGCCACUGCAGUACAAAAUAGGACAACGAGCAGAGAACCAGACACCACAGGUGCUACGCUCACCAUUGAUUUAUUUUGUUACCCCAGUCGAGCAGGAAGAACGUGCAGAAUAAUGUGCAUGGGUUCAGGUUCAACACAGCAAAGAGAAAAAGUCGAAUCUCGCUUGCAAAUAGACAGAUAUAGACGUGCUGCCGACACAAUCCAUGCCUCUUUUUUUUUUUUUUUCUGAUAUGGAAAGCCUCCAAAGGUUCACGUACAGUAGUUUUCUUUGCUUCUGCCCAAAAUCUUGAUCUCGAGAAACUGUGGCUCACACUUUCAGGCCAGGCAAUGUUUGGGUAGAUGCGCACUUCCUUUGUUCUCAAUUGAAAGUUUGUGCUCUCGCGUUCGGUCGUUAACGCAUUGUCCUGUUUGACCUGUAUAGGCCUUCCUACCUGACAGCAGGAUCUGGUGAACCACAGCAGUUGCACAUUUUACAUACGUUUUUUCGCAUCCACGCUUUCUGUUUUCACAUAAGAUGCGUAGGCACAAGCCAGCGAGAUUACGCGGCACCAAAAAUACAACUGGUACGUCAUGCCAACCGACCACAUUCUUGAUGUUGUGGGACAGCAGCUUGGGGACGUAGGGCACUACUUUGGGCCUGAUCUCUUUUUGGGCCGAGACGGACCCUUUAUACGUCUCGUGCCCUUCACCUUCUUUGGCAGGAUCUCGGAGACUGUCUCCAAGACCAAGCACAGAUGGCCAGCUGCGAGGAGCUUUGCCAGUUAUUGAUCAAAACGGGCCUGCAUUGCAUGAGUACAGGAUCUUAGGAGAGCUGAUUCUAGACAGAAACAAAGAAACUACUGCACGUGAAUUUCUGGAAGUUUUUCAAAUAAGAAAAAAAGGCACUGAUUGCGUCAAUGACACGUCCAUAUCUGUAUAUUUGAAAACGAGAUUCCGCUCUUUCUCUUUGCCAUGUUAAACCUGUAUGCAUGCGAUUAUUCUGCACAUUCUUCCUGCUCGGCUGGGGUAACAAAUAAAUCAGUGGUGAGUGUAGUGCCCGUGGUGCCUGGUUCGUUGUCCUAUUUU